ACUUACAUAUAACCUUUCAACUUGGGGUUUUCACGCGUUUUCAAACUCUUUUUCUGGCCCAAAUCACUGCGCACACUCAUUUAAAAUUCCUUUUUUUUUUCCCCCUCUAUAAAUUCUUCUCCUUUGUUCUGAAUUCGGUUUGUUUGCGCGUUCGAGCUUUACAAUGUUCCUAGUCAAACUCUGCUGGUGAAUUGGUUCAAAAUUUUGGAUCUGAGUUUGGAAAAAUAAAUCUAGAGUUUGUUGUUGUUGUUGUUGUUGUUGUUGUUGUUGUUGCAAUGAUGGAGAUUUGGAGAUACAGAGAACAUUGCUUGGCGAUUUCGAUAGUAUUAGUGUGUUUGAUGCGUCAGAAUUUGAAUUUGUGUUGGAGUCUUAACGAUGAAGGUAUGGCGUUAUUGAGAUUUAGGGAGAGAGUGGUUAGCGAUCCGUUUGGGGCUUUGUCAAAUUGGAGUGAUGAUAUUGGAGUACUGAAUCCAUGUUCGUGGUUUGGCGUGGAGUGUUUGGAUAGCAAUGUUGUAGUUUUGAACUUGAAAGAUCUAUGUCUUACAGGAACACUAACACCUGAUCUUGGAAUCCUGGUCCACUUAAAGUCUAUCAUCUUACGCAACAACUCCUUCUAUGGAAUCGUUCCUGAAGUGAUUGGAGAGCUGAAGGAGUUGGAGAUGUUGGACUUGGGACACAAUAACUUCAGCGGACCACUUCCAUCUGAUCUUGGCAAUAAUUUGUCACUCUCAAUCCUUCUACUUGAUAACAAUGAGCUUUUUGGAAGCGUAUCCCCUGAAAUUCAUGAGCUCAAAAUGUUUUCCGAAGUUCAAGUAGAUGAACACCAGCUGUCUAAUUCAGUCCAUAAAUCAUCUUGCAGUGAAAGAUCCAUAUCAUGGACCAUUGCCCAAAUUGGAGAUGGAGCUCACCGAAGGUUGCUGUCACCCCACCUUACGCUACCGCCACGAUCCCAGUCCCAGUCCCCGUCCCAGUCCCAGUACUGGUCCCGGUCCCGGCCCCGGUCCCGGUCCCAGUCCCGGUCCCGGUCCCAGUCCCCAUCCCCAUCUCCUGCACCAUCGACUGUGUCAAAGCCAGACUUGACUUCUGCUCCUACACCCUCUCCUUUUCAUCCUUCAGAAAUUACCAAUUCAAAAAAUCAACUUGCUCUAAUAUUGUCUUUAGCCAUAGGGGUUCCUGUGUUGCUUUUUGUUUUGGUCAUUAGCAUAUUCUUAUGUCAAGGAAAUAAGAUGGCUGCUGUCAGACCCUGGGCCACAGGAUUAAGUGGACAGCUACAGAAAGCAUUUGUAACUGGUGUGCCAAAGCUCAACCGACCAGAGCUUGAGGCUGCUUGUGAAGAUUUCAGCAAUGUGAUCAGUUCUUCAUCAAUCGGAACAGUAUACAAAGGGACAUUGUCUAAUGGAGUUGAAAUAGCUGUUACUUCUGUUGCAGCCACAUCUCCCAAGGAUUGGUCAAAAAAUCUGGAAGCCCAGUUCCGGAACAAGAUUGACUCGUUAUCAAAUGUAAACCACAAGAAUUUUGUGAAUCUUCUUGGGUAUUGCGUGGAAAAGGAGCCUUUCACUAGAAUGUUGGUUUUUGAAUAUGCUCCAAACGGGACACUCUUUGAGCAUUUACACAUAAAAGAAGCAGAACACUUGGACUGGGGAACACGGAUGAGGAUUACAAUGGGCAUGGCAUACUGCCUUGAGCACAUGCACCAACUGACACCGCCCAUAGCCCACAAAAACCUGAAUUCCACGUCCAUCAAUCUCACCGAAGACUAUGCAGCAAAGAUCUCAGAUUUUGGUUUCUGGGUCGAAUCAGCCGAAGCUGAGAUGGUAUCUUAUCCAGAAUGUAAUGUCUACAGCUUUGGUGUCAUAUUAUUCGAAAUGGUAACAGGUAGGCUCCCUUACUCAUCGGACAGGGCAUCGGACUACUUGAGAGGAGAGCAGCCCCUUAUAGAAAUGCUGGAUCCAACUCUAAAAUCUUUCCAAGUGGAGCAGCUUGAACAAAUCGGUGAAGUGAUUAAAUCUUGUGUCGCCCCUAACCCAAAACAAAGACCUCAAAUGAGAGAAGUCACUGCGAGAUUGAGAGAGAUAACAAUGAUAGGACCUGAUGCAGCGGUCCCUAAACUCUCCCCUCUUUGGUGGGCAGAGCUUGAGAUUAUUUCUACAGAAGCAAGGUAAUAUAGAUGAAGUUGAGCCUGCAAUUUUGGACACAAAGAAUUGUCCAUAGGGGGUUACUACAAUUUGUAUCUUGUGUAGGACAUGGUGGUUUUACAUGUACAUAAAUAUAGAUAAAAAGGAAAAUGGUGCAACCUUUUCUGAUUUGGUUUUUGCUUUCAACAGUUUGGCUGUUAAAUGCCCGAAGAAUAGUAAAGUAUAUACAUGUUCAAGUUUUUGAAUUUUUUUUU